AUGGUACCAUGGGUUCUUGUUACUACGAAGAAGGGGAGGAAGUUUGUUCAUAACACUACGACUAAGGCUUCGCUAUGGAAAGCUCCGGAGGACGUCCAGGCUGCGAUUGAUGCGAUGCCCCCGGAAGAAGACCAACCGAAGGAGCGGAAGAAGGGCAAAAGCAAGGAGGCCGCGACGCUUGAGGGCGGGAGUGGAAAUGAGGUCAGGUCCGAGCAAGAGGAGAGGAGACGGGUUGCUUCGGUUGCGGUGGCUGCGGCGGCUGCGCUUAAAAUGGAGGAAGGGAGAGGUGGCUCUCUAGAUAGGGCAAAACAGGGGCCAGUGGAGUUUACGGAGGACGAUGUGGCCUGGCAAUUAGAGGCUAUAGCUCAGGAAUAUGGCUUUGAUGAGGAGGACCUUGAUGAAGGCGAGGAAAUGACCGACGAGGACAACAUUUAUUUGUUCAAGGAGAUGUUGGCCGAAUACAAGGUCAACCCGUACAGCACUUGGGAGAAAGAAAUGCCCCGAAUCGUGGAAGACUCUCGCUACGUCCUAAUAAACACAACAAGGGCACGAAAAGGGGUCUUCAUAAACUGGUGCCGAGAGCGUAUCGCAGAACUAAAGAUCGAGAAGGAGAAGACUAAGAAGCAGGACCCCAGAAUACCCUUCUGGGAAUUCCUAAAAGGAAAUGCAAGUGCCAAGUUGUACUGGCCCGAAUUCAAGAGAAAAUGGAAGAAGUCAUCAGAGAUGAAAGCCAGCAAAGUGCCUGACAAAGACAAGGAAAAAAUGUAUAGAGAAUACAUCUCUCAUAUGAAAAUUUCCGAACCCCUCCGUGAAAACGAUCUCAAAAAGCUACUAAGGUCCACCACCACCUUGUCCCGCCACACCACCCUCGAAACACUUCCGGACUCAAUCCUAGUAGACGUUCGAUACAUCACCGCGCCAGAUAACAUCCGCGGCAAGGUUAUUCAGGAUCACCUGGCGACUCUUCCGGAGGACCUAGAAGAAGAGAAGGGGCGGAAAGAGCGUGAACGGCGUGAACAAGCCCUCCGAGACCGAGAACGAGCCGUCAGGAAGGAGCAGUGGAAAUUCCGGGGCGAGGAGCAGAGGGCCAAAGAGAUGCUCAAGGAAGAAGAGGCGAUGAUUGAGAGAGCAAAGGUCGUUGGGAAACGAGGGCUUUUAGGACACAUUACCAAGAAGGAGGGUACUGCCGAGGGUGUCAAGGACGAUAAUGAAGGUACGCCGAAGCUGGAUGAGCCCGGCUGGUGGGCACCCGCAGAGUGA